AUGGGUAAAUUCAGAGGGAAGAAGUCAGCUCGAGGAGGCGCUGCUAAACCUUUGAAUCGAGAUGAGAAACAGAACGAUUGGAAUGCCUUUGUCGGGGCCGAUAAGAGCAAUGCUGGGUUUGAGGAAUAUUACAAGGCUCAAGGUAUAGUUCCCGAAGGAGAAUGGACAGAUUUCAUGGAAUCGUUGAAAAAGGAAUUACCUGUUACCUUCAGAGUGACAGGAUCGAGAGCUCACGCCGAAACAAUCAACGAUAUAAUCAAGAAAACCUAUGUUCCAAAUAUGCAGAAUGUAGAAUUCGAAGGAAGGAAAUAUGAACCUCCUUCGCAGUUAUCUUGGUAUCCUGGACAAUUGGCUUGGCAGGUCGAUGCUCCCAAAAGAGUUGUUAGGAAAACAGAGCCAUUCAAGAAUUUCCAACGGUUCUUAGUCGGUGAAACUGAAGUUGGAAACUUGAGUAGACAAGAAGCCGUAUCGAUGAUUCCACCUCUUUUCCUCGAUGUUGAACCCCAUCAUCUGUGCUUGGACAUGUGUGCAGCUCCAGGAUCGAAGACCGCUCAAAUAAUCGAAGCUCUCAAUCCUCAUCAUACCGCUUCUACAGGUCUUCUCAUUGCCAAUGACUCCGACUACAAGCGGACCCAUAUGCUUGUCCACCAAACUGGGAGAAUGCCGAGUAGAGGAUUGAUAGUGACUAAUUUUGAUGCUUCUUUGUUCCCGUCAAUAAAGCUGAACGAGGGGAAAACAUUGCAGUUUGAUAGAAUUCUGGCUGAUGUGCCAUGUAGCGGUGAUGGAACGCUGAGGAAGAAUCUUGAGAUAUGGAACAAAUGGGGUGCUGCUGAUGGAAACAGUCUUCACGGUCUGCAGCUACGUAUCCUUGAGAGAGCUAUGAACAUGUUGAAGCCUGGAGGACGACUUGUAUAUUCGACAUGUUCAUUCAACCCUGCAGAGGACGAGGCUGUCAUCUCGGCUGCGUUGAAUAACAAAGCCGGUAAAUUCCACAUUGUCGAUGUAUCUUCCCAAUUACCUGAACUCAAGCGAAGACCAGGUAUAUCAUCUUGGAAAGUCGGUAGUCAACCUCAAUCCAAUGGAAGGAAGUUGGUAUGGUAUGAUAGUUUCGAAGACUACAAGGAGGCUAUCAAGAAAGGUGACGAAAAGGAGAAUGAUAGAGGCAAAGGACUACCUAAAACUUUAUGGCCUCCUGCGAAUGCCGCGGAGCUCAAUCUGGACCGAUGUAUGCGACUAUUACCUCAUGAUCAAAACACAGGUGGCUUCUUCGUAUGUGUCCUUGAGAAGAAAGCCAGCCCCGAACCGGAAUCGGCCUCCUCCUCCCUUAAACGACCUGCAUCUUCUCCACCUCCCACGUCCGACACCAAGAGAGUUCGAGAGAAAUCACCUGAACCCGGUUCGUCCACCGCUGCUACUCCUGCGGAAACUACCCCUGUUCCAUCUACUACAGUUAAACCCGAAGGAAAGAAGGAGAAGAGAGAUCUGACUUUCAGAGAGGAUCCUCUGUCCUACGUUGAUCCCGAACAUGCCGAAGUGAAGAGUAUCAUCGAGCGAUUCAAGUUCAAGGACACUUUCCCUCGUAAUAACCUAAUGGUCAGGAACGAUUAUGGAGACCCUUUGAGAACAAUAUACAUGACCAAUGACAUUGUCAAGGAAAUCAUACAAAAUAACGAUUACACUCGUCUCCGAAUCGUCUCAGCCGGUGUCAAAUGUUUCGCUCGACAAGAUUCCUCACAACGGACUGAAAUACGAUGCAAAUGGCGUACGCCCAUGGACGGUAUACUAGAGGUCUUACCUCAUGUAGGUGAAGGUGUAGUCAUCUCAGCUACAUUGGUUGAAUUGAGAGUGUUGUUGGAAGAUCAUUAUCCCCCCUUGGAUAAUUUCGCAGAUGGACCUUGGAAGAGCACGUUGUUACAGAGAGAUAUGGGAUGUGAGGUCGUACGGUUCGAAGCUGGUCAAGUGGCUGGUGGGGAAUUGGCUUUACCGAUGUAUCUUCCUGUAUGGAAAGCCAAGAUGAGUUUGAGUUUAAUGAUUGAUAAGCGUGAAAAGAGUAUCCUCUCGUUGAGAACGUUCGGUGAAGAUAUAUGUAAACCCCCUCCACCUCAGAAGGAUCUAUCUAAAAAAGCGGAAGAAGCCAACACCAAGACGGAGGGGGAAGGCGAUGUAGCGGAGAUUGCUGAAGCUGAGGGAGAAGGAGAUGCGGGCAUGGGGAUUGCCGGUGAAGUCGCUGAAGGUGAUGUGGUAGUUGACAAGAAGGAGGGUGAAGAGUAG